AUGUCUUUCCACCUCUCAUCCAGCAACAUCCGCGUUGAGUCCCACGAUGGCCGCACCUACCUCUGCGCCCACAUGAACGGCGGCGGUGAUGACCGCAUGUGUCUUGACGACCAUAUUGGAAACAAUGACGGUCACUUCGCAUGGAAUGGCAACAACUUCACUAGAUCUGCCAGGAAUGUCCGCUUCAACCUAGAGGGAGGUGCCAAUGUCCCUGUUUUGAGGGCAGAGCUGAGAGACUCCCAUGAUAACUGGCACGACCGUGAUCUCAACUUGGCGGAGCGCAUCACAAACCACAACGGAAAGCUCGCAUACCAGUAG